UUAAUUUUCAGAAUUCGUCAUUUCAAUGGGACACCAAACCGCCAAACGGCCACAAAUGGAUGAUUCACAGCGAAUAAUACAUAGUAUGACGUUACUGGGUUUUGAGAAGCCUACUGGUUUCGUCUGUGUAGAUGAAUUCCACCUUCUCUCUCUAUAAACGCAUUCUCUCUCUACAAAUUUUCUACAUUUUUUUGCUUAUUUGCGUUCUCUUGUCCUACAACUCACACAUAUAUUCUUUACAAGUUGAAGUUGAAAUCAUCAAUGGAAGAUUCGGGAAGGAAGAAGAAUAGGGUGGUGGUGAUUGGAGGGGGAGUUGCGGGCUCUCUUAUUGCCAAAACCCUUCAAGACGAUGCCGAUGUUGUUCUCAUCGAUUUGAAGGAGUAUUUUGAGAUUUCAUGGGCAAGCUUGAGAUCACUGGUUGAGCCGUCUUUUGCAGAAAGAUCAGUCAUUAGCCACAGUGAAUACCUUCCUAAUGUCCAUCUUCUCUCAUCUGCUGCAACCAACAUAACUCAAAGUGAAGUAUUAACUGCAGAAGGAUGUUCUGUUGUGUAUGAUUAUCUUGUGAUUGCCACAGGUCACAUGGACAAUGAUGCCCAUACUAGAACCCAGAAGAUUAGUCAGUAUCAAACAGAGCACGAAAAGAUAAAAUCCGCUAAAUCGAUAUUGAUAGUUGGAGGAGGGCCCACUGGUGUAGAACUUGCAGGUGAAAUUGCUGUGGAUUUUCCUAGUAAGAAGGUAAUACUGGUGCAUCGAGGAUCAAGAUUGUUGGAAUUCAUUGGAUCCGAGGCUGCCAAAAAGACGCUGGACUGGUUAACGUCAAAGAAAGUGGAAGUCAUCUUGGGGCAAUCUGUUGACUUGAACUCUGUAUCGGAUGGUAUUUAUCGAACAUCUGGUGGAGAAACAAUCACAGCUGAUUGCCAUUUUAAUUGCACGGGCAAGCCAAUGGGCUCAUCUUGGCUUAAGGGAACCAUUUUGAAGAAUAGCUUGGAUAUUCAUGGAAGGUUAAUGGUUGAUGCAUGCCUGAGGGUCAAGGGUCACAAUAACAUCUUCGGUAUUGGGGAUAUCACUGAUAUUCCUGAAAUCAAACAAGGGUAUUUGGCACAAAGACAUGCUUUGGUGGCUGCCAAGAAUUUGAAGUUGUUGAUAAUGGGAGGAAAGGAGUGCUGCAUGGCUACUUAUAAGCCUGCUUCACCGUUGGCAAUUGUUUCGCUCGGUAGAAAAGAUGCAGUGGCACAAAUUUUCUCAAUUACUAUCAUUGGAUGCAUUCCUGGCAUGAUAAAAUCCAGAGACUUGUAUGUGGGGAAGACAAGGAGACAACUUGGGCUAAAAGCUUAAUCUAGUUUAUGCUAAAAAGUGAGAUAGACUCUCUUUUAUGUUUUGUUUUUUUUGGUGAGUAACUCUUUCUUAUGUUAAUUAUUCCCUUUUCCUUGUUGUAAAAGUAAUAAUAAUUAUGUGAUAUGUUUUCUGAUGA